AUGAACAUCUUCCGACUCUCGGCCGAUCUCGCCCAUUUGGUCGCUAUCGUUAUUCUACUCCACAAAAUAUGGAAAUCAAGAAGUUGUGAGGGAUUAUCUGGUCGAUCUCAAGUUCUUUUUGCUAUCGUUUUCGUGUCUCGCUAUUUGGAUCUAUUUACCAAUUUCAUCUCCGUCUACAACUCUGUAAUGAAGGUGUUCUUCCUCGCUACUUCGAUUGGAACAGUUUACCUGAUGUGGGUCAAAUUCAAAGCAACUUAUGACAGGAACAACGAUUCUCUACGUAUUGAGUUUUUGGUGAUCCCUGCUGCUAUCCUAGCUCUUUUAAUAAACCAUGAAUUCACAUUUAUGGAGAUAAUGUGGACGUUUUCAAUCUAUCUUGAAUCAGUCGCUAUUAUGCCACAACUGUUCAUGCUAUCGCGUACGGGCAAUGCUGAAACCAUCACCGCUCACUACUUAUUCGCCCUUGGAUCCUACCGUGCCCUGUACAUCGUGAACUGGGUCUUCAGGUGA